CUGGGACUGGGACGGGCCCGGCCGCGGGCCGGCCGGAGAUGGUCAUCUGCUGCGCCGCCCUGCACUGCUCCAACCGGCAGGGCAAGGCGCACCGCGGCGCCGUCUCCUUCCACAGGUUCCCCCUGAAAGACUCAAAACGCCUGAUCCAGUGGUUAAAAGCAGUUCAGAGGGACAACUGGACUCCUACCAAGUACUCUUUUCUCUGCAGUGAGCACUUCACCAAAGAUAGUUUUUCCAAACGGCUGGAGGAUCAGCACAGGUUACUCAAGCCUACAGCUGUGCCAACCAUCUUUCAGCUCACUGAGAAGAAAGGUGACAACCAGGACUAUGUCAAAUGUAGAAGAAAAAUAGCAAUCCAGGUACCACUGAGCGAUGGAGAACAAACAAGGCAAGGAGGCUGUGAGGUAGUACAAAGAACCUUAUCUACCAACCAAGACUUUAUGAUAAUGCAAGAGAUGGAGCAAGUGACUCUGCAAGCUGAAAUUGGGUCAGUGCCUGAGCAGGAAGAGAAUAUUCAGGGCCAGUUGGAAGGGCCUCUGAGAAGGACGUUAGCUGACAACUUGGUUUCAAAGACAGGAACCCAGAAAAAGCCAGAAGGACUUCCUGAAGAGGAGUGUCCUGAAGCCACCAUCCAUACCGGCAGCUGGAUAACAGAUAGAAGUGGUAUAUCGAUUGAUGACUUCACACCUCCAGUAUCUGGGGCUUGCAAAUUUAUUGGCUCCCUCCACUCUUACAGCUUUUCCUCUAAGCACACCAGGGAGAGGCCAUCAUUCCCUAGGGAGCAACUUGAGAGGAAAAGGCCAAAGCGAGAUGUGGAGCCAAGCUGCAGUAGCAAUAUCAUGAGGCAUGAUAAGAACUUGGCAGAAAGUUCCCCUAAUUCAUCACUUACAGUGACCCCUCAGAAGCCAUCCCAAAGUCUGUCAGCAUCCCCUGCAGACCUUACCCCACAGCCGGCAACAGAGGCUGUGGUAGGUCAGAAAGGAGACACAGAUGCCAACCCCAUGUCAAUCAAUGAGGUCAUUAUGUCCGCCUCAGGAGCAUGCAAGCUCAUAGACUCCCUCCAUUCAUACUGUUUCUCCUCUAGGCAAAGCAAAAGUCAAGUGUGCUGCCUGCGUGAGCAGGUAGAGAAGAAAAAUGGAGAACUGAAGCUGCUGAGGCAGAGAAUCAGCCGCUCUGACAGUCAGGUCAGAAAGCUGAAAGAGAAGCUUGAUGAACUGAAGAGGAUCAGUUUCCCAUACUUGAAUAGUCUCCUCUCCCAGGACUGUGAGACCCCCCAACUGAAUCCUGUGAUUGAGCCCCUCUCUUGGAUGCUGGGCACCUGGCUUUCAGACCCUCCAGGAGAUGGCACCUUCCCUACAAUGAAGCCAUUUCAGUACCUGGAAGAGGUGCACAUCUCCCAUGUUGGGCAGCCGAUGCUAAACUUCUCGUUCAAUGCCUUUCAUCCAGAUACCAGGAAGCCAAUGCAUCGUGAAUGUGGAUUUAUCCGCCUCAAACCUGACACUAACAAGGUGGCCUUCAUCAGUGCCCAGAAUACAGGUCUUGUGGAGGUGGAAGAAGGAGAGGUGAAUGGACAGGAGCUUUCUAUAGCUUCUCACUCUAUAGCCAGGAUCUCCUUUGCCAAGAAGCCCCAUGUGGAGCAGCCUGCCACAUCAGCGUGCUGCAGAAUCCAGAACCACGCUGUAGAAUUUAGGUCCAGCCUGUUAUGGAGUCCAUUGGGUUCAGCUGUUUACGUCGUAUGGCACUUGGCUCCAUGUCAGGUGAAGCAGUCAUUCUACCUCAGAGGUGAAUGUGAUUUUAAAUUUGAAAUUAUUUUUAAUCAGGAACAUAGAAACGAUGCAGCUGCCCUAAUGGCAGCUGAUUUUCAUCUGCCAGAGGGGCUGCGUAACAGCACAAGACCUUUGACACUCCAAAUGUUUGUUAUUACAUGUGUUUCCUUCUGAUGAAUGUCAUGCUUUCAGGCUGUCUACUUAUUACUACUUUUCUGAGCUGUGCUUAAGGAAAAAUGCUCUGUGUCCAUCGCUCUGUGUUCACAGUAUCGGACUCAGCUGUGCAGAGCAUAAGCAGUCAUCUCUGAAAGAACCGCCUUCCCUUAGGGAGAGAAGUUGCCUGCUGACUUCCUGGAGGUUCCAAUAUAAUUAAUCCCGUUUCUCCAGGAGCUCUUGUAACAAAUAUACAUUUUAGUGGCAUAG